AUGAGUAUAGGAAUAAUAAGGGCCAAAUGUACACUUUCUAAUCCUUUAUCAAAUAAUGUUCCUGGUGCUAUGCCUAUAUUAAUGACACUUCAGAAUCAUGAAAAUGAUAGUACAACUAUGAAAAUAACAUAUUUUACUAGAAAAUUAAUAUGAACCAAAGCAAGGGGACUCUAUUUUUAUUCCUUUUAUUAAUGAAAGAGACAGAAUGAAUAGGUUAUUUUAAGCAGAUAAAUAUUCAACACCUAAAAAAUAAAACAUUUAGUAAGUUUAAGAAACUUCAAAUGAAAAAUGGAUAUAAAAUGAUCCUGUGAAGUUGAAAUUGCCACAAAAAAAACUAUCUUUAGAUGAUCGACAUAUCAGUAAUCAAUGUUAUUUAUUUAGGUAAGUAAAGGAGUAGAUCUAAUGCUGAAUUACGAAUGAAAGUUAUUUAGGCAACUACUGAAAGAUAAAGCUUAUUACUCUCUUAAGAUUAAUCUAUUUAACCUUAAUUUGAAGAAUAUAGGAAAGCUGCUUAUGAAAAUAUCUUAAAUAAAAAAAAACAAAUUCUCUAAUCUCCACCUCAAUAAUCAAUAGUCAAAAAUUAAAGUUCUGAAAAUUUCUAAUUAUUUCCAAUAUCUAAAUUAGAAAAAUUAAAAUAAUCAAGAUCUCCUUCACUUAUUAAAGUGAGAAAAUAAAUUUAAUAAACUUCCUCUAAACAUUAACACUUUCUAAAUUUUAAAUUACCUUCUCUUAUUCAGAAAGAAUAUAUUAAAUAAUUUUUAGAUAACAAUAAAAAAAUUAAAGAUUUAAUUUAAGAAUAAAGUGAUGAAAAAUUUAAAUUUCCAUAAGAUUUUGAACCAAAAAUAGUAGAAAUGAAAAAAUAAUUAAAAAAAAUGAAAAGCCGACUUAAAAAUUGGGAAACUGAUAGAUAAGAAACAGAUAAUAAAGUAUUUUUAAAAGAAAUUGCAUCUGGUAUAUUAAAUAAAUGA